GUGACAAUCUAAUGCAUGAUGAAAUUUACCAAAUGGAAUUUUAUUUUUUUGGUUGGUGGAAUUGUAGUUUACAUAGCUGAUAUUGGAGUGGAUUUCUGGGUUGCUAGUAAAUAUUUCUAUCAGGGACAAUAUUGUUGGGCUAUACUGAUACUCUGUUUUAGGGGCUUUUCAUCACUAAUAACUCAGAUAUUCAGUUAUCAAUGGUUUAAAAAUGACUGGAAAGGUACUGCUCCUGGGAAGCUAGAUUGGAUCUUUCUAGUUCAUUUCUUCCACUGUGGAAUUUUUAUAAGAUAUUGGUUUGCCUUGAAGUAUGGCUGCCAAGCGGCUUUCAGACAAGACAGCAGUGGAGAUAUAUCAGAAACAGACCCUCCCAACAUCAUCCAUAAACAAGCUAUUGAAGUACUGACUGAUAUUAACAUGCUCAGGGUAUUCAAGACUUUCCUUGAGACCACACCACAGCUCUUUGUUCAGAUUUACAUGCUCAUGGAACACAACAACCAUAAUUUCUAUCAAUAUGCUGCCAUUAUUAUUUCAUUUUGUGGUAUUUCCUUUUCAAUGGUUGAUUAUCAAAUAUCACUACGAAAAUCUCUGCCUGAUAAAGAGGAAUUGCAAGUGCUUCCCAAGUUAGUGUAUCUCUUCUAUAAACUGUUCUCCAUCACUUCUUGGAUACUCAGUAUUUCACUGAUCACUCUACUGAGUGUUAGAAGUUCUGUAAUUCUGCUGAUACUUCUUUGGAGCUGCGGUUUUGCCUGGACUUUGAAACAGCACACAACAUUUUGCAAAUCCACAGAGAUGGAAUAUCUGUACAGAACUGUUGUUGGAAUCAUUCUACUUUUUACUUUUUUUAACAUAAAGGGGAGAAAAACAAAAGCUUGCAUUUCUAUUUAUUAUGCUACUCACACCCUCGUAACUGUAGGUAUUUUGCUUGUAUGUUUGUUUUGGAAACCUGCUGUUAUCAAGGAAGUACAUCUUACAGUUGUGAGCAUCUUAACUAUUCUCAGUCAGGUGUUAGGUAUUAUUUUUCUUGCUGUUUAUUACAAGUAUUUUCAUCCCACUACUUAUCGCAAGCAUCAGACAUUUUUUGAUGAAGUUGAUAGAAGGGGAGCAGACAAUAUGGAAGUUAGUAGAUUUCAAAAUUUCAUAAUGCAAUGAUCAGUAUAGGUUUUGGUGUAGACCGCAAAGCAAAAACUUGCUGCAGAGUGUGCUUCU